AUGGGCGGUCCAAAUCUCGAAAUAUUCAAGUUUUCACUCUAUCUCUUUGUCCCCAUAGCUGCCCUUGUGCACUUCGGUGACCCAGAUUGGUACAGAGCCGUUGUCGUUCCUUAUCGCGACAAGCUCUUUCCCUCACUGGAUCGUACGAAUCAGCGAAUUCCUACAGACCAGUCAGGCGUGCGAGAAGAACUGGCGAGGAUUAAAGCCGAGAGACUGGCUAGACGGGCACAGAGGGAAGCAGAAGAAGCAAAAUCCUCAGAGCAAAAUUAA